CGGGACUUGUAGUUCUCCGGCCAGCGCGACAUGGCGGCGGCGCGGGCGCUGGCGGCUCUCGGUGCCGCGCUGCUCCUUGCUAUUGGCGCCCAGGCCAGCAAAUACUCCCGGGAGGCCAACGAAGGGUUGGCGGCCGCCGGUGCCAAGCGGCGGGAGGCCGGGGAGUUCCGGGUGGUGAGGCUGAACCAGGUCUGGGAGAAGGCGCAGCGGCUUCAUCUCUCUGCUGUGAAACUGGCAGAGUUGCACAGUGAUCUAAAAAUACAAGAGAAGGAUGAGCUAAGCUGGAAAAAACUGAAGGCUGAAGGGCUAGAUGAAGAUGGAGAGAAAGAAGCCAAACUUAGACGCAACUUAAAUGUCAUUAUGACUAAAUAUGGAAUGAAUGGAAAGAAGGACUCUCAACUAGCUGAUACCAACUACAUUAAAGAUGGUACAGAAAGUGAUACACUAGAUGAUCCAAGACUGGAAAAAUUAUGGAGCAAGGCCAAGACCUCUGGGAAGUUCUCUGAUGAGGAGUUGGAUAAGCUUUGGCGAGAAUUUAAGCAUCACAGAGAAAAGAUUCAUGAAUACAAUAUUCUGCUGGAGACCGUGAGCAGAACAGAAGAUAUCCACAAAAAUGUUAUCAACCCAUCUGAAGAGAGCCUGGUAAAAGAGGAAAUCUUGCACAACAAACACAGAGAACUCAAAGACAAGCUAAGAAGCAUCAAUCAGGGGUUUGAGCGUUUGCGUAAAGUCAGUCACCAGGGAUAUGACACAACCAGUGAAUUUGAAGAACCAAGAGUGAUUGAUUUGUGGGACAUGGCCAAAUCAGCCAAUUUCACUGAGAAAGAGCUUGAAUCUUUUCGGGAGGAGCUGAAACACUUUGAAGCAAAAAUUGAAAAACACCAUCACUAUCAGAAACAAUUAGAGAUUUCACACCAGAAACUGAAGCAUAUAGAGGGAACUGGAGAUAAGGAUCAUCUGAACAGAAACAAAGAGAAAUAUGCCAUGCUGGAAGAAAAGACAAAAGAACUAGGAUAUAAGGUAAAGAAGCACCUGCAAGACUUAUCCAGCAGAAUCUCUCAAGGUCUUCAACAUAAUGAAUUAUAAAAAUUUGUACUCCUUCAUGGGAUCAAUCUGUUAACACAAAACAGAUAAUGUGGGUUUUGAACAGGAUUUACCAAGGAUGCCUUCUGAAAUAGUAAGGAUUGAACGGAGUUGUCCUGUAAAAAAAUUUUUUUUUGGUCCACUUAAUUUGCCAGUUUUGUAUUUGCACUAUCAAAUUAAAUGAUUAGAUUAUAAAUUUAAGUUGCACGUCUUGGAUCAUAUAAAUCUUAUAUCUGAAUCAAGUAACAGCCUUUGAAAUAAGCAGUCAUGUCAAAAGGAAAAAUAUGUGUACUCUUGGAGGAUUCCUGCUUGUAAAAAAAAAAACAAAAACCCAAAACCCACAAAAAACAAACAACUAACCUGAUAGUCAGGAAAGGUAUUCUGAUCAAUGAAAGCAAACACUGAGGUACAGAAAAUUAAAACAGAGACCAGAAAAGUCUUAUUUCAAUGCCUGGCCUGUUUCCUACUGAAGGUAAUGAAAAUAUGUCUGCUGACUUUGAGCAGUGGCUCAGAGCUGCACUGUAUUUGAAUCUUUCAUGUGAGAGGGGGAGGAAGAGUAAGGAGGGAACAAGUAUUGAGGCCAGUUCACACAAUUUAGUUAUAGACUAACACAUCUGAAGUUACUGAAUGUAUGUGUACAAUUAUCUUGUUCAUGGUUGCUUGGCUUUGUUACACUUAGUCAUUAAAAAAAUGAAAACCAGA